AUGCUCGGCUACCUCACCAGCCGCUGGCAGUCGACGGGCGAGCAGAAGAAGACCAGUCCCACCUGGUUCGACCGCCACUUCUCGCCCAUCCUUCUCUCCGUCGCGAAGAAGGCAUGCACCCACCCAAUCCACACCAUCGUCACCAUUGCCUUCCUGGCUAGCUACUCAUAUUUGGGCGUUCUCGACAGGGGCCUACUGGAAAGUGGCAUUGAAGAAGUCUCUAGCCGCGUCGACUUCCACUCCCUUUUGGCCGGCAGCAAGACGCUCAGAGUAGGAGAGGAGACAUCAUGGCAGUGGGAGGCUGAAGAGCCCAAGACUACCGUUUACAAGGACAAGACUGCCCAGGAACUCGCUCUCGUCACUCUCGUCUUCCCCGAAUCGAGCACCAUCAACUCUGCUCCCUCGCAACAAUCUGUCCCCAGCAAUGUCUCUGCCAAGCUCCUCCCAAGCUCCUCCAGCUCCUUCUCCACUUUCUCGCACGACACUUCGCUCGCAUUCUCUAUCCCGUACACCGAAGCUGCCGAUUUCCUCCAGGCUAUGCAGGAGAUUUCUGCGCCAGAGGACGCUGCUCAGUCGCAGGGCUCUGAGAAAGAGGGCACGCGCGAAGAGAAGAAGUGGAUGAUGAAGGCCUCCAAGAACGGCAGUGCGCCAGGCGGCGUGCGCAACUGGAUCAUUGAGUCGUGGACGUCUUUCGUCGAUCUCCUCAAGAACGCUGACACUGGCGACAUCGUCAUCAUGGCCCUGGGUUACCUCGCCAUGCACCUGACUUUCGUCUCUCUCUUCCUCGCCAUGAGGCGGCUUGGAUCCAACUUCUGGCUGGCUACUGCAGUCCUCCUGCAGUCGGCCUUUGCUUUCCUCUUUGGUCUCGCCGUGACAACCUACCUCGGUGUUCCUAUCAACUUGAUUCUGCUCUCAGAGGGUCUUCCUUUCUUGGUGGUCAUCAUUGGGUUUGAGAAGCCCAUCGUUCUAACCAAGGCUGUCCUGUCUGCCUCUCUGGAUGGCCGACGAGCAGCUGAGGAGAAGCGGGGUGAGCCUUUGACCAUCCAGUCAUCUGUACAGACAGCCAUUAAGCGGACUGGUUUCGAGAUUGUCCGCGACUACUUUUUCGAGAUCUUGAUCCUUGUCGCUGGCGCCAUGUCUGGCAUCCAGGGUGGUCUGCGACAGUUUUGCUUCCUUGGUGCCUGGAUCCUUUUCUUUGACGCCAUUAUGCUGCUCACUUUCUAUACUGCUAUCCUUACCAUCAAGCUUGAGAUCAACCGGAUUAAGCGCCAUGUGGCUCUCCGCAGGGCUCUUGAGGAUGACGGUGUCGAUGGCAAGGUUGCUGAGAACGUCGCUCGCAACAACGACUGGCCCAACGCUCGUGAUGUGCAAGUUGUCAACCACACAACAACUGUUUUCGGAAAGAAGAUCACGGUGCCAAAGUUCAAGAUUCUCAUGGUUGCUGGAUUCAUCCUCGUCAAUGUCCUCAACGUAGUUACUCUCCGAUUUGGCCUCUCUCCUAGCAAGGUCUCUCACGUUUCGGGCGUAGGUGCCACCCCUCCGCUGGACCCCUUCAAGGUCGCUGGAAAUGGAUUGGACCACAUCUACGAGCAUGCCAAGAGCACCGCUACGUCAACUAUUGUCACCAUUCUUAUGCCGAUCAAGUAUGAGCUUGAGUUCCCUUCUAUUCACUACGCCGAGCCUUCGAUUACAGACAACGAGUUUGCUUUCGGAAGCAACAUCAGCACUCACAUAGUUGACGGUGUACUGAAGAGUCUGGAGGACCCUUUCCUUAGCAAAUGGAUCGUCCUUGCCCUUGUAAUGAGCGUGGUCUUGAACGGCUAUCUCUUUAAUGCCGCUCGCUGGACCAUCAAAGAACCGCACCAGCCACUCGCGCCACCCUCUCCCUCCGAAGUCCAGGAUGGGGCUCCUACUGUGCCAGGCACUCCUCGCGUACCUUCGAUGCACAUGCCUACGCCACCUCGCACCCCCGGCCCUGAGGAUCAGAAUGGUCGCCUUCAGCCCCUUACGCAGAUCGCAACACGAACACCGGAGAUACCGGUCGGACCCUCUGAAGAACAGCAAAGACAGCCAAACCGUCCCUUUGAGGUUCUCGACCUGAUGAUCAAGGAAAAGCAAGCACCCAAGAUGACUGACGAGGAGCUUAUCGAGAUGUCACUCAAGGGAAAGAUUCCUGGUUAUGCUCUAGAAAAGACGCUUGGUGACAAGACUCGUGCCGUCAAGAUUCGUCGUGGUCUAGUCUCACGUACCCACGCUACACGGGAAACCUCAACACUACUGGAACGUUCGCUGCUACCUUACAAGGACUACAACUACGAUCUUGUUCAUGGCGCAUGCUGUGAAAACGUCGUCGGCUACCUCCCUCUCCCCCUCGGUGUCGCUGGACCUAUCCUCGUCGACGGCCAAAACUACUUCCUCCCCAUGGCAACCACCGAGGGUGUACUUGUCGCUUCAACUUCUCGAGGUGCUAAGGCUAUCAACGCAGGUGGCGGUGCUGUUACUGUUGUGACUGGUGAUGGUAUGACCCGCGGACCCUGCAUUGGGUUCGAUAGCCUUGUACGUGCUGGUGCUGCGAAGAACUGGCUUGACUCGGAGGAAGGCCAGAGGACGAUGAAAGACGCAUUCAACUCCACUUCUCGCUUCGCCAGGCUCCAAUCUAUGAAAUCUGCCAUCGCUGGUACCAACAUCUACGUUCGUUUCAGGGCCACCACUGGUGAUGCCAUGGGUAUGAACAUGAUUUCCAAGGGUGUCGAGCAUGCUCUCACCGUCAUGGCAACCGACUGCGGCUUCGAGGACAUGCGUGUAGUGACCGUAUCGGGUAACUAUUGCACUGACAAGAAGUCCGCCGCUAUCAACUGGAUCGACGGUCGUGGCAAGGGUGUUGUUGCCGAAGCUAUGAUUCCCGGCUCUGUCGUCAAGUCAGUCCUCAAGUGCGAGGUCGAAGAUUUGGUACAGAUGAACAUUUCCAAGAACUUUAUCGGAUCUGCAAUGGCUGGUGCUAUGGGUGGAUUCAACGCCCACGCGGCGAACAUCGUUGCUGCUAUCUUCUUGGCCACCGGACAGGAUCCAGCACAGGUCGUUGAGAGUGCCAACUGUAUCACCAUUAUGCAUAACGUCAACGGCAACCUUCAAAUCUCCGUCUCUAUGCCUUCAAUUGAAGUCGGCACAAUCGGUGGCGGUACCAUUCUCGAACCUCAAUCCGCCAUGUUGGACCUCCUCGGCGUACGAGGUGCCCACCCAACAUCACCUGGUGACAACGCUAGGCAACUGGCUCGUGUCAUCGCUGCUGGUGUAUUGGCUGGUGAAUUGUCGCUCAACAGCGCACUGUGUGCGGGUCAUCUUGUCAAGGCGCAUAUGGCACACAACAGGAGUAAUGUCCCAUCUCGCGCCCCUACACCCGCGCCUGCAACACCAGUUACAGGAGCUCAGACACCUGUGACCGGCGGUGGACCUUUGUCAGCACUGAGCUCUGGUCCCGCACCAAGACGGUAA